UAAUUAACCAAAGUCUCUGAUCUCUUUCCUCACAACCUUAAUUAAUGUCUUUCGGUUCUGCUUCUUCUACCACAAUUGUCAUCAACAACUGGGGUGAUGGGAAAUUGCUUGAGGAAAAAGAUUCAAGUGCCAGAGUCACCAGUUGCCAUUAUUCCAAGGCCUCCCACUGGGGACAUUGGGUUACAAGUUUCUCUCCCCAAGAAGAAGAUUAAUGGAACAGUUGAAGAGAGAGCUCCAACUGCUUCCCCAACUUUCUUACAAGGUCAAGAAAAGCAGAGUAGACAUGAAAGACGUAGAUUACCACUUCAAGAAAGGAAUUCAAUCGUCUGUUCAAACACAGAUAUAGGUACUUAUUGUAUCUAUUUUAAAAGUCAUUUCUUUUCCUUUGCUAAUUAUUUUGUUCUUUCUAUUUGUGUGUAUGUAGCUGCAGAAAAGAUUGGUAAAAAUACAAGGCAUGGUUAUACAGCCACUCCAAGCCCAAAAAAUUGGACUUCGGAGACGGUUACUAGGAAGGAAGGAGUGUUCCGGGAUUACAAGCUUUACUGCUUUUGUUAUAGUUCCUUGAAAGCUGCCACACGCAAAUUUAGCAGUAAGAAUUUAAUCGGGCAAGGCGGAUUCGGCGAUGUCUACAAAGGGUAUGUCAGUUAUUGCAACAUGAACUCUGCUGCAAAACCAAGCGAAGGAUUUCCUAUUGCUAUCAAAAGGCUCAGGAAGACUGGAGCACAAGGCCAUGAACAAUGGGAGAAUGAGAGGAAAUUUAUGAGCAAAAUAAGCCAUCCAAACAUAGUGAGGCUAAUAGGGUACUGCUGCGAAGGUGAGCACAGAAUGUUGGUCUAUGAGUAUAUGAGCGGAGGAAGCUUGGAGGCCCAACUCAUGACAGAAAAUGCUACACAACUAGAUUGGAGCAGAAGAAUCAAAGUAGCACUUGGGGCGGCCAAGGCUCUGAAUUGUCUUCACACUCAUAAGACGCCAUUCAUUCAUCGCGAUCUAAAAGCUUCAAAUGUUCUGUUGGAUGAUGACUGCAAUGCUAAGCUUUCAGACUUUGGCCUUGCUAAAUAUGGACCCCGAGAUGGCCAGGACCAUGUAAUGACAAGGAUUCUUGGCACCAAAGGCUACAUUGCACCUGAAUACAUAGGGACAGGGCAUGUGACACUCAAAACCGAUGUAUACAGCUUUGGUGUGGUGCUCUUGGAGAUUUUGUCAGGCUCCUGUGCCGUGAAGAAAUACUCGGAUGGGAUGGCGGGUGAUCUAACUAAGUGGGCUGAACCAUAUCUUAGCAACAGGCGGAAGCUGCAUCAUGUGAUUGACCAGAGACUUGGAAAUAACUUCCCUGUGGAAGAAGCUCACAAGUUUUCUGAGCUCAUCCUCCGGUGCCUUGAUUCAGACCCCAAGAGCAGACCAACAAUGGCUGAAGUUGUGGGUGAUUUGGAGCAGUUACAAGAAAACAGAAGCAGCAGCAGCAGCAAUCGGAUCUCGGUCCAUGUUACUACGUUCACCCCAUGCCCUCCUUACAGAAGCAUUUUCCCCGGACGAAAUGGAUGUCAGGCAUAGUAAGCUGAUUUCCUUGAUAAUGCUAUAUCCCACAAUGUCACGCUACAACAUUGUGUAUGAAAACAAAGGAAAUAGUUUUUGCUUGAAUUGCUUUUGGUCAUAUGGUAAUGGCAGGCAUUAUAUACAACUAGUAGAAUUGGGUCAUUGAGCUGCAAGUAAUGCUCUAUUGGUAACUAGCUAGCUGGCAUUCUAGUAUCAUGAUAAUUCUCAUGAACAAGUUUUCAAUGGGAAAAUAAGCC